AGACUGUCGCAGAUGAUUCAAUCCACAUCAUCUUCAUCAUCAUGAACCGAAUGAUAGCUGACGUGUUGGUUGUGGCGGCUCAAAAUGGUUAGGUGGGAAAGGAGCCUGGAUUUUCUGGGGUGUAAAUUAAGACCUUAAAAGCAUGCCUUUGUUAGAUGUGCCUCAGUGCGAAAGUUGAGUUGCCACCGUACUGCAUCUUCGUGAUACAUUAAUACGGACUCUGAAUUUUAAGCGUCUGCUCCGGUGCUGCUCAUGUCGCGCAGCGCUCAUGCUGCAUUGAUAGCCGGUGCUCAGGUUAGCGGCGAGCAGUGAGCCCUCCCGUUCACCGGAGACCACGGUGUUUGCCUCGAAACCGAUUUUGCGCGCACAAUGGCCGGACGCCGCGGUUGCGUGAAUUCGUUAUGGUCGGGGAGCGAGCGGGUUCGUAUUGGAGAGCGACUGAAAGCCACUCUGGCUGGCAUAAUGGAGCUGGAUCUUCUCAGAGGACGACAGCUGGAGAUGGUGGAUGCGGUACUGGACGUGAAUGGAGCACCCGCUUACCAGGGGGACGGACUGGAGAGCGCCGCCGAGGAUGGUGCCGCAACCUCCCGCAGGCAACAGGUUCCCUCAAAGCUAACACUUCAAAAACCACACAAAGUGAAAAUGACAGUAAUCCAUGUGACACCAACUGAUGAAUCAAUGUUUUCUGAAGUGAAACGAUUGAGUCUGUCCCCUGCAAACCCUGAUCUGUCUUGCCUUGGCACUGCAGGAGAGGGGAUAAGCUCACGCUGGUCUACGCUGUCCUGGGACAUCCCAUCUGAUCUGCUGUCCUCUCCCACUCCAGACUUCCCUAGCACCACACCGCUUGAAUGCGACUCUAGACCCAGCUCAGGUUUUUACUCGGUCAGUGGGAGUUCUCUGUCAGACUCUUGUUACUCCGUAUCCAGCGAGGCGGCUCCUGGAGGGUCAGUGAAAGUCAGUUGUAGGCCUCGCUCACUCGAUCAUAGUGUCACUCGCUGGAGCGAGGCUGAAUCUCAUAGUACGGAGUGUCCUGAGGGCACAGUGGAGAAACAAGAAAGAAGACCCUUUUCUACUGGGGAUCUUGAGCUCAAUAGCCUCAUGUUCCUGACAGACCUUUGUUCCAGUUUGGGAGGCAUUCAACCAGGCACUCUUUUACCCUCUUCCAACUCCAGUCCACAGCUUCAUCUGGACCCUAAAUUUUGCUCUGACCUAGUUUCUCGGAAAACAAAAGAGGUGUACCCUUACCCUAGUCCACUUCAUGCUGUGGCCCUCCAGAGCCCCCUGUUCACCACCUGCCAGGAACCUUCCCCCAUACGCCUCUCCCCCAGUCCAGAGAGUGAGCAGCCUGUGGAGCCAGGGCUUGAGCAACCUCCUGUGAAGGGCCAACCCCCAGCUUCUCCUUCCUUUACUCAGCUGGAGCAAUACAUUAACAGAUUAGUCCAUCGGCAUUACUGCAGGGUGGCUGCUGAAACUUCCAGUCGUGGACCCCAAAUAAACAUUGCUGGUGCUGGUUAUGAGGGACUUCACCCAAGAAGUGCUUCCUCCUCCAGCAUGUCUGGAGGGAGUGUUACUCCUUGUAAGUCUAUCCUGGGCAAUUCAGCGAGAGUUAGCCUCAGCAGUAUUGGUAAACGUGCAAGUAGGAAUUCUAUCAAUCUUGGUAACUUGCCCUCAGUGACAGGUGAGGAUUUCAACAUCAGCUUCCACUUAAAUCUUAAUUUGAACCUGAAUCCAAACCUGAACAAGACUUUGAGUUUUGAUGGUAAAAAUGUGAAAGAAGAGGUCUCAGGAUCGUGUGGGCAUCUCUCCGCCAGUAUAGUCACUCCAACUGCUUCCCCUUCCUCUUCGACGUCCACCAUCACCAGCACUCCAAACUGGAGCAGGAGACCAAGGAUCUCCACCUGCCCUUCCUCUGUGAACCAUCGAGGGUCUCUGGAGAUAACUGGAAAAAACUUUGAGCAAAUGGGAUUCUCCAAGUCACUAGACUGGAGUGGAGCAUCUAGGGAAGAGGCAGAGGGUUGUCCUCCAACCAAAGCUUUAGACAGCCCUCCCAAACUUAACGAGGACUCUGCAGUUGUAUGUGAAAUCUCUCGUGUAUCUGGCCUACCAAGAUCUGUAGUUCUCAGCUUGAUGGAGGAGGGGGUGGAGUUGGAUGCUGAAUGUUUUAGGAGUGAAAGAGAAAGAGGUGUAGGAUCUGCUUCUCCAAGUAACGUUCCUACACAGCACUCCUCCCGCUCAUCAUUUCAGCACCCAUUUGGAUUAGAUCAAAUUAAUCUAACACCACCAUCAACCACCUGGGCAGGUGCAGGCACUGGACAGGAUUACAUAUCUCAACAGCAUCGCCUACAAGUUUCGCACUCGGAUUGCCAUUCGGCACUGACAUCACAGUCAGAUAGCCCUCAUUCGGACAAUUCUGGUUCCACGCCUACUGUUUCUUCUCCCAUUCUGCCUUUUCCACAUAAUCAAUCAGACUCUGCCUCCUCUCCGGGCUCCUCCCACACCAGAGUCCACUCGCCUCCUCGGCUACUUUCAAAUUCACCCUUCACUCCUGCUCAGCUUUCAGUAUUUCGGCGUGACUCCCCAUCUCAGUGUUCUCUUCCACGCUUUCACCCAUGUAGUUCCCCACUGGAGGGUCCCAUUCGGCCUCGUGGAGGUUCCCUCAGGCAGAACGCAGGGGCUGGGUGGAGGCCUCAAGAUAGAGGGUGGAGGAAGAGUGGGGAUGGAGAGAGGCUCUAUCAGGGCAAACAUGCCUCAAGAGAACUUAUUCGAGCAUCCACGGUUAGUAGCUAUUCGGGCAGAGACUAUGGCACUGGAUGGGAGGAUGAAAUGAGCACUCAAACACCUAAAAAGGGUGGAAAGUUUUGGAAGGGGUUCGAAACACGAUUUUGGGGACGAGAGGAGGGCUAUGAUGAGAGAGAUGAGAGAGCUGGAGGAUUUGGUUGGAGACACACCUCGUUGAAAGAAACAUCAUCCAGUAGGCAAGAUCAAAGAGGGAACAACUCGAAAAAGAAAGGUACGAGUUGGGACAGUCGGAGUUCCAGCCUCCGGUUGUCCAGGAGAGCAUUAUUUCGAAGCGAGUCUCAGGGAAUUCUCGAGCCACAUUCUCAGAAACGGGAAAGCAAUCAGUGGCGUUCCUCGUUUGAGAUCAGCCGUGCAGGACGGGGCUCUGAACGUGCUCGUAAUCUUGUAAGAAAGGAGGAGAAACAUCAUUCUUCAACUGCCAGUCUUUUCCAUCUGUCUCGCUCCCAGAGCCUGGAGGGAAGCAGUCACUCUCUUUCUCCUCUUUCGUCCCCAUCGCUCUCACCCUCACCUCCCCCAUCAGCUCCUCUCACCCGUUCCAGAUCGUUCCGUGACCUUGGAAGGAAAAUGUUUGGCUCUAUGAGGUCCCUCAGUUUCAAUAAAAAUCACAAGUCGAAAAAGAAAGAUUAAUAUGAGCAAUUCAAAAUGGGAGAAACCAUGCUGCCAACUUGUCCAAACUUAAUUUUCUCUCUUUCUGCUUGUUUAGGUGCUUCUGCAUGCCAUGUCUAUGUGCACUCUUAUGGUCAUAGUGGUUCUGGUGUUGUUUUUACUAUGAACAUAUUAUGCUUAAAAAAAGCACUCUUUAAGUAUAUGCUGACCAAAUACAAAAAGAUGUUGUUUGAACCUAUGCUCAGGACUUUGAAAAAAAUAAAUAAAAUACAGAAUUUGAAAUUAUUGUUAAAGAGUUCAUGUUUCAACAAUCAAUAAAAGUCUUUCCAAUGUAA